UGUCCGGCAGUUUACAACCCGAGAAGUCCGUUCGCGCGUCGCCCGUUCACGUGCGGCGUUCAAAAGGCGAGCACGGGUCGUGGCUUAUUUCCGCAGGUUUUCCGAGAUGGGAGGCAGCAAGAGUGGCGGUGGGAGGAACGGGAUACCAGACAGGUUCUGCAAGGUGGUCAACACUUUCCUUGACGAGAACAAGGACAAUCAGAAGCUGAUUGGCGUGCACAGUACCCACGGCCUGAAUCGGUCCGGCUACCUGGUGUGCAGAUACAUGAUACAGGAGCUUGGGAUACCUCCAGACCAGGCCAUAGCAGAUUUCAACAGCGCCCGAGGCCACGAGCAGGAGCGCCAGAACUACUUAGCCAACCUCCGGCGGGCGUCCUGGCUCCAGGGUACACCCUCGACGCCCACGAUGCCUUCCACGCCCUCCGCCGUCCUUAAGCCGGCGUUGUCAGACGAGGAAAGGAGCGACGCCGAGACCCCGACCUCCACACUCCCCAUCCGAAGAUGGAGCGGCCCCCAGCGGGAGGCCAGCGAUGAGGGGUGGGCGCCAUGGAAGGGCGCCUCCCCGAAGACCCGCUACCGCAGCUCCCCGUACGCUAGGCAGCCUUCGCCCCACGGCGCCCGCCGCUAUUACGACGAGCGGUACCAGGGCCGCGUGGCGCCGCAGUACGACCCCUACUUCUACCAGGAACGGGGCUCUGGCGUGGGCCCGCACCGCUCCAUGCCCCACUGGUCGCGGAAGCAGCAGCAGGAGCAGGCGGCCGGCGUCCGCGGUCCUCCUCGGCAGUACCGCGGGCCGCGACCCUAUCGCAGCCCCGUCAGGCAAGAAGAGGAGUUGCCUUUCAGGUCGGAAGGGCCGAACAUCCCGAACGGCGCCCUUCUUGCGACGCCGCCCCCACGACGGGACCAGUGCUCGUCGCUGCCUCGCACGCCGUACUGGCCCGGCGCUGCUGACGGGCCGAGACGCCGCGCCUUUAGCCCCGGCGCAGAGGACAAUACGUUCAGCCCCCUGACUCCGCGCAGGCGCUCGGCGAGAUGGAAUCCCUACUGACGCCCUUGACCCGCUUUCUGACGUCUCUGACUCGCGUCCUGACGCUGGCCGACCUCGUCUUCUGACCUCUCUCGGACCUCCUUGCUGGUGCUUCGACGUGAAAGCCUUCGCUCACCUCUUUCUGUUAUCUGCGCAUCCAGUAGGGUUAUUUGUGGGAUUUCUUUGUGAAUUUUUAGUUGUUUGGAGAUGUAUUUAUCUAAUGUACAUCAUUUCAUGAAACUGGCAUUUGAGUUGACUUUCGACAUUGUUCUUUAUUUGUGAGAUACUAAUGUAUUGGGUGUGUAAAUAUCAGUGUAAAGCGAGGGGAAUUCUUGGUAAGUGUUUGCAGAAACCUUGCCAGAUUUUACAGGAAGAGCGUCUUCCUAAUUUUUAUUUGUAUUAGAGAAAUUGUGUUGGAUGUAAGUUUAAGAAUUAUAUUUUGCAUAUUAGCAUAUGUAAGAGUUACUUGUGUGCGUGUUU